AGUUUCGAAAAAUGCACGCCCCAUUGUUCCGCUAGAAGUAUUUCCUGUCAACUGAAUAAGUUGAUAGGAAAUACGCCGCAAUGUCACGUGGCUAAGGAGAGUGACGUUUCUAGGUAGUAACGUAAUUAGGUCAGGUGACACGAUUCACGCGUCCAUCUCCACGACAAGUUUAAGCACCGGUGUACAUUCGGUAAAUACUGUAUUCCUAAGAUUUUUUUGUCUAUAGCGAUUUUUCUACAGGUCUCCCCCCAAAAAUUCCGCGUUUUUGCAAAUGUCUAUUAAGUUAUGUGUCUUAUAAAAGAAAUUUAAUAGAAAACGUGUAAUGGUACAAAUCUAUAGUUUUACCAGAAAUUAAUUACCAAAAUUUUAAAUAAAAUUGUUUGAACAAAUUUCAUUUAUUGCAAUAAAAAUAAUCUGAAUCAUAAACAUCGAAAAACGAAAACGAAACUAGAUUAUUUUUAGAAGUUGCUAAAUCAAUAAGGAUGACGCCACAGUGAUAUCUCGGUUGCCGUGGUGAGUGCUUUGGUUUUGGUUUCGGUGUGAGAGGUACAUUACGCCCGCACAGGCAGCAAACGAUACGUGAGAGUUACAACUUAUUAUUAUUACCGAAUCGAAACUCUCUACUUCCUGAGAAACUGUCAGCAUGGAUGCCUCAUCUAUUAAACUCUGAGAACUGAACUUUGUGGACUUUUAUCAACUUGGCAAUAAACUGAGGAUCAUAAUUGUGUGAAGUAAACAGCCAUGAUAAGAAACAGAGCAAGCCCAAGACAUAUCCAACAAAUUCAAGCUGCAUCAGAGAUAAAACAAAAUUAUCAAUCAGCUGAACGAGCCAAGGCAACAAAUAAGAAUGAAAAAGCUCAAGUGGUGAAUAAACAUAAGAACUUGCAAAUAAAAGACCUUAAUAUAGAGGAACUGCUUAAAGAUAAAAAACAACAAUCAAACAAUUUCUUUGAAAGGAAAAUGGGAUAUAAGAAAUUGGAAGAACUCUGUUCAAAGGAGCCAUCAGAGAUACUGCUGGCUUUAAAUUGUCCUAAAAGUGGAUUUAUAAAAUUGUUAAAAGAAAACAGCAUUUCUAAUGAUAUGAUGUCAAAUAUUAUAACAGCAUUGGGAAAGACAUCUAAAGCUAAGGAAACUGCCAAUUUGAGUUCACUAAUAAAUCAAGUAGCUUCUCAAACUCCAUUUUUAAAUCAGCAUUUACAGCUUUAUUUAAUAAAACAAUUGAGCCUAUCUGUGGCUACUAUUGACAGCAUUCUACAAUUUUUGAAAAAAUUUCAAGAAUUUCAGCCUGUAUCAUCUAGUGAAAUAUUAACAUCUCUUAUUCCCAGUUUGGAAAAUGCUCUGGAGAAAUUUAAGAGAAGAGGAAUUUCUGUGCCAUCAAUUAUUAAAAACAGCAUUGAAUCUCUGAAGACAAAGAAAGAUGAUGUAAUAGAACAGUAUGAUGAAAAAGCAAGAUACAGAAUAUCAGGUGAUGAAAAAUUGCAUUCUGAAAUGCCUCCUGAAGAAUACAAAACAAUACCAAUUUUUCCAACAAAAGAAGAUUUUGUAAACAAACGGCCAUUCCUGCGUCCAAAUAUUGUUAAAGGGAAUUAUUUCAGUGUGGACCAUUACCUUGAUGUGCAAUUUAGGCUCCUUCGUGAAGAUUACGUCAGACCUCUUCGAGAAAAUCUGGAAAGCUACAAACAAUCUUCAAACCAGAAAGGUGCAGAAAAGAAAUUUCGUGUUUAUAACAAUGUGCAAGUAUUGUGCCCUUAUAACACAGAGGGAGGAAUUGUGCAUUUAAUUUCAUUUGAUGUAAAACCAUUUUCUAGAGUCCAGUGGGAGGUAAGCAAGCGAUUACUAACUGGAUCAUUAUUGUGUUUUUCGUCAGAUAAUUUUGAAACUAUGAAAUUUGCAACAGUAGCCAAUAGAGAUCCAUCAAAACUAAGAAAAGGACAGUUGGAAGUUCACUUUGAAAAGUUAGGAUGCGAUAUGUUUUCAAUACCUGCUUCAGAAAUAUUUGUAAUGGUAGAAAGUGAAGCCUAUUUUGAGGCUUUUAGGCACACGCUACUAGCUUUGCAACAAAUAAAUGAAGAAAAUUUGCCUUUGAAACAAUAUAUUGUGCAUGUAGCAAACGAAGUAAAUGCACCAAUGUAUUUAAACCCUAGCAGAGAAUAUAAUUUUCUGUCCACUUUUAGAAAUCUCUAUUCUGCUAAUAACAAAGGUAUGGUUCCUGUUUUAGAUCCGAAUUGCUGGCCUUCAAAAGAAAUAUUGGGUUUAGAUGCUUCCCAAUAUUCUGCUAUACAAGCUGCAUUAACUAAAGAAAUGGCUAUUAUACAGGGACCACCAGGGACAGGGAAAACAUUUAUUGGUUUAAAGAUUUCACAGUUGUUGUUGGAAAAUUCUUCUGUUUGGAAUAAAGAAAAAAAUUGUCCAAUUUUAGUUGUUUGUUAUACAAAUCAUGCACUAGAUCAGUUUCUUGAGGGAAUGCUACGUUUCGAAAGUAAUAUUAUAAGAAUUGGUGGACGAAGCAAUAAUGAAAGGAUUAAACAGUUACAACUCAGUCAAAUUAGACAAAAUGCUAGACGAGAGAGAAAAAUUCCUUAUCACAUAUACCUGACAAGAAGAGAUAUAAUGGAAAAAAUAGCGCAGAUUAAAUGCUAUUUAGAUGAUAUUCAAGUACUUUUAGAAAAUAGCACUCAAGAAAUUUUAAACAUUCUACAUCUGGAGCACUUUAUGGAAAGAAGACAUGUAUAUUUCCUUCAGUGUGGUCCUAUACCUUCUUUAAGACAAAUGUAUUCUAUUUCUGAUUGGCUCGAACUCUCAAGUGUCGAGUUUGAAAAUUUAGAAUUAGAUGAUGACAAAAAUAUUAAUGAUGACAACACAGAAUGCACAUCUACAGAAAAUGAAAAUGUUGACGGCGAAGAGGAUAUUGAGUUUGAACUUAGUUUAAGGGAAAUAGAUGAAUAUGAAUUCAAGCCCAUUAAUUAUUUAUUUCCUACUCAAAGACAAUCUUUAUUCAGAAUAGUAGAGUCAAAGAAGACAGAACGUAAGAAGAGAAGAUACAUUAGUAAACAGUUAAGACACAAUGACAUCAUGACCAUUUCAGAAGUAAAAAAAAUUGGCAAUGUGUGGAAACUAGAGAGAGAGGAUCGUUGGCGUUUAUACAGAUUCUGGGUUGCAAAUUACAUCAUCAAUACAAUGCAAACUUAUUCAUAUUUUGAAAAAUUUUACCAAGAACAGUUAGAAAAACUUCAAGAAUUGCGCAUGGCAGAAGACAAAUUUUUACUACAUCAAGCAAACAUAAUAGGUAUGACAACAACAGGCGCAGCUGCAUCAGAGAUAAAACAAAAUUAUCAAUCAGCUGAACGAGCCAAGGCAACAAAUAAGAAUGAAAAAGCUCAAGUGGUGAAUAAACAUAAGAACUUGCAAAUAAAAGACCUUAAUAUAGAGGAACUGCUUAAAGAUAAAAAACAACAAUCAAACAAUUUCUUUGAAAGGAAAAUGGGAUAUAAGAAAUUGGAAGAACUCUGUUCAAAGGAGCCAUCAGAGAUACUGCUGGCUUUAAAUUGUCCUAAAAGUGGAUUUAUAAAAUUGUUAAAAGAAAACAGCAUUUCUAAUGAUAUGAUGUCAAAUAUUAUAACAGCAUUGGGAAAGACAUCUAAAGCUAAGGAAACUGCCAAUUUGAGUUCACUAAUAAAUCAAGUAGCUUCUCAAACUCCAUUUUUAAAUCAGCAUUUACAGCUUUAUUUAAUAAAACAAUUGAGCCUAUCUGUGGCUACUAUUGACAGCAUUCUACAGUUUUUGAAAAAAUUUCAAGAAUUUCAGCCUGUAUCAUCUAGUGAAAUAUUAACAUCUCUUAUUCCCAGUUUGGAAAAUGCUCUGGAGAAAUUUAAGAGAAGAGGAAUUUCUGUGCCAUCAAUUAUUAAAAACAGCAUUGAAUCUCUGAAGACAAAGAAAGAUGAUGUAAUAGAACAGUAUGAUGAAAAAGCAAGAUACAGAAUAUCAGAUGUGUUGUCUAAUCUCAAAGCAAGCAUGGCUAAAUCCACAAUGGAUAUCAAAAUAAGCUCUUUCCCUUAUGAACAUAAGGGAAAAAGAUAUACAAGUUUCACUUUCUCUGUGCCAAUAAAACAGAAAUUGAAUGAAGAAAUAAGACAUAUCCAACAAAUUCAAGCUGCAUCAGAGAUAAAACAAAAUUAUCAAUCAGCUGAACGAGCCAAGGCAACAAAUAAGAAUGAAAAAGCUCAAGUGGUGAAUAAACAUAAGAACUUGCAAAUAAAAGACCUUAAUAUAGAGGAACUGCUUAAAGAUAAAAAACAACAAUCAAACAAUUUCUUUGAAAGGAAAAUGGGAUAUAAGAAAUUGGAAGAACUCUGUUCAAAGGAGCCAUCAGAGAUACUGCUGGCUUUAAAUUGUCCUAAAAGUGGAUUUAUAAAAUUGUUAAAAGAAAACAGCAUUUCUAAUGAUAUGAUGUCAAAUAUUAUAACAGCAUUGGGAAAGACAUCUAAAGCUAAGGAAACUGCCAAUUUGAGUUCACUAAUAAAUCAAGUAGCUUCUCAAACUCCAUUUUUAAAUCAGCAUUUACAGCUUUAUUUAAUAAAACAAUUGAGCCUAUCUGUGGCUACUAUUGACAGCAUUCUACAGUUUUUGAAAAAAUUUCAAGAAUUUCAGCCUGUAUCAUCUAGUGAAAUAUUAACAUCUCUUAUUCCCAGUUUGGAAAAUGCUCUGGAGAAAUUUAAGAGAAGAGGAAUUUCUGUGCCAUCAAUUAUUAAAAACAGCAUUGAAUCUCUGAAGACAAAGAAAGAUGAUGUAAUAGAACAGUAUGAUGAAAAAGCAAGAUACAGAAUAUCAGGUGAUGAAAAAUUGCAUUCUGAAAUGCCUCCUGAAGAUUACAAAACAAUACCAAUUUUUCCAACAAAAGAAGAUUUUGUAAACAAACGGCCAUUCCUGCGUCCAAAUAUUGUUAAAGGGAAUUAUUUCAGUGUGGACCAUUACCUUGAUGUGCAAUUUAGGCUCCUUCGUGAAGAUUAUGUCAGACCUCUUCGAGAAAAUCUGGAAAGCUACAAACAAUCUUCAAACCAGAAAGGUGCAGAAAAGAAAUUUCGUGUUUAUAACAAUGUGCAAGUAUUGUGCCCUUAUAACACAGAGGGAGGAAUUGUGCAUUUAAUUUCAUUUGAUGUAAAACCAUUUUCUAGAGUCCAGUGGGAGGUAAGCAAGCGAUUACUAACUGGAUCAUUAUUGUGUUUUUCGUCAGAUAAUUUUGAAACUAUGAAAUUUGCAACAGUAGCCAAUAGAGAUCCAUCAAAACUAAGAAAAGGACAGUUGGAAGUUCACUUUGAAAAGUUAGGAUGCGAUAUGUUUUCAAUACCUUCUUCAGAAAUAUUUGUAAUGGUAGAAAGUGAAGCCUAUUUUGAGGCUUUUAGGCACACACUACUAGCUUUGCAACAAAUAAAUGAAGAAAAUUUGCCUUUGAAACAAUAUAUUGUGCAUGUAGCAAACGAAGUAAAUGCACCAAUGUAUUUAAACCCUAGCAGAGAAUAUAAUUUUCUGUCCACUUUUAGAAAUCUCUAUUCUGCUAAUAACAAAGGUAUGGUUCCUGUUUUAGAUCCGAAUUGCUGGCCUUCAAAAGAAAUAUUGGGUUUAGAUGCUUCCCAAUAUUCUGCUAUACAAGCUGCAUUAACUAAAGAAAUGGCUAUUAUACAGGGACCACCAGGGACAGGGAAAACAUUUAUUGGUUUAAAGAUUUCACAGUUGUUGUUGGAAAAUUCUUCUGUUUGGAAUAAAGAAAAAAAUUGUCCAAUUUUAGUUGUUUGUUAUACAAAUCAUGCACUAGAUCAGUUUCUUGAGGGUAUGCUACGUUUCGAAAGUAAUAUUAUAAGAAUUGGUGGACGAAGCAAUAAUGAAAGGAUUAAACAGUUACAGCUCAGUCAAGUUAGACAAAAUGCUAGACGAGAGAGAAAAAUUCCUUCUCACAUAUACGUGACAAGAAGAGAUAUAAUGGAAAAAAUAGCGCAGAUUAAAUGCUAUUUAGAUGAUAUUCAAGUACUUUUAGAAAAUAGCACUCAAGAAAUUUUAAACAUUCUACAUCUGGAGCACUUUAUGGAAAGAAGACAUGUAUAUUUCCUUCAGUGUGGUCCUAUACCUUCUUUAAGACAAAUGUAUUCUAUUUCUGAUUGGCUCGAACUCUCAAGUGUCGAGUUUGAAAAUUUAGAAUUAGAUGAUGACAAAAAUAUUAAUGAUGACAACACAGAAUGCACAUCUACAGAAAAUGAAAAUGUUGAUGGCGAAGAGGAUAUUGAGUUUGAACUUAGUUUAAGGGAAAUAGAUGAAUAUGAAUUCAAGCCCAUUGAUUAUUUAUUUCCUACUCAAAGACAAUCUUUAUUCAGAAUAGUAGAGUCAAAGAAGACAGAACGUAAGAAGAGAAGAUACAUUAGUAAACAGUUAAGACACAAUGACAUCAUGACCAUUUCAGAAGUAAAAAAAAUUGGCAAUGUGUGGAAACUAGAGAGAGAGGAUCGUUGACAUCAUCAAUACAUGCAAACUUAUUCAUAUUUUGAAAAAUUUUACCAAGAACAGUUAGAAAAACUUCAAGAAUUGCGCAUGGUAGAAGACAAAUCUUUACUACAUCAAGCAAACAUAAUAGGUAUGACAACAACAGGCGCAGGUAAAUAUCACGAGCUCCUUCAAGAUUUACAGCCUUGCAUUGUUAUUGUUGAAGAGGCUGCAGAAGUGUUAGAAGCUCAUAUAGUAACUUCUCUUACAGAGAACACUAAACAUCUUAUUCUCAUUGGAGAUCAUCAGCAACUGCGACCAUCUCCAACAGUGUAUGAACUUGCAGUACGAUAUUCAUUGGAUGUUUCACUAUUUGAAAGAAUGAUUAAAAAUGGAAUGCCUUAUCGUCGGCUUACAUUACAGCAUCGGAUGCGUCCAAGCAUUGCAAAACUACUAACUCCUAGUAUUUAUCCUGAUUUACAAAAUGACACUUCUGUAGAAAAAUAUGAAAAUAUUUUAGGAGUUGGUAGUAAUAUGUUUUUCAUUAAUCACUGUCGUCAUGAAAGUGACGUUAUUGAUACUAGAAGCCAUAGCAAUAUACAUGAAGCAAAAUUUCUUGUAGAGUUAUGUUUGUUUUUCAAACUUCAAGGUUACAAAUCGUCUCAGAUUACAGUUUUAACUACUUACAGUGGUCAGCUUUUUACACUGAAGAGACUAAUGAAAGGGAACGAACAGUUAAACGAUAUUCGAGUGACUGUAGUUGACAACUUCCAGGGUGAAGAAAACGAUAUAAUAUUAAUAUCUUUUGUAAGAAGUAAUGAAGAAGGGAGUAUUGGAUUCCUAAAAACUUCAAAUAGAGUCUGUGUAGCUCUUUCAAGAGCAAAAAAAGGUUUAUUUUGUAUUGGAAAUUUUCAGUUACUUGCCGAAAAAAGCGAUUUAUGGAAAAAUAUCACAAAAGAACUCGAGCAGCAAAAUGCCAUUGGAACUUCUUUGAGUUUAAAUUGUCAGAAUCAUCCAGAAUAUGUUGUAAAUGUUUCUGAACCAGAAGAUUUUAAGAAAAAGCUUCCAGAUGGUGGCUGUAUAAAACCUUGUAAUUUUAGAAUGGAAUGUGGUCAUUCCUGUAUAAGAACAUGCCAUAGUUUUGAUCGUGAACAUACAGAAUUAAAAUGUAAAAAACCUUGUAAACAAUUAUUAUGUUCUUUGGGACAUGAAUGUCAAAAACUGUGCUAUGAAAAAUGUGGCAAGUGCACAGUUCCAACAAAAAAAAUAAUACCGAGUUGCCAGCAUGAAAAUUUGAUCCCAUGCCAUGUAGAAGCUGAAAAUUUUCGUUGCAAACAUAAAUGUGAUAAAGUAUUGAAUUGUGGUCAUAUUUGCUUAAAAUCAUGUUCACAGUCAUGUGAUCCAUGUACAGCUAAAAUAGAAAAAGUUUUUGAUUGUGGUCAUAGGAUCAAUGUACUUUGCCACAAAGCUGAUUCUGUCAAUAUUUGUAACAAAGCGUGUGGAAGAAGUUUGCUGUGUGGUCAUAAAUGCAAGAAAUCUUGUGGAAUUACUCCUUGUCCUCCAUGUGAAACAUUAACAAAAAUCACACUUUCCUGCAAUCAUCAGAUUGAAAUAAAAUGUUAUGAAUAUGAACUGAAACAAUUCUCUUGUGAACAAGCUUGUGGAAAGAAUAUGGCAUGUGGACAUGAAUGUAAAGUGAUAUGUGGUCACCAGGGAUUAUGCGAGUCAUGUGAUGAGAAAUGUGAUAAGGUUCUUGAAUGUGGACAUUUGUGUUCAUUAAAGUGUGAAGAAACAUGUCCCGUAAUGUGUAAAACAUGCAAGGUAAUCAAUGAGAUUAAUCAGAGAAAAAGUUUGUUACCCUUUAAACAUGGUAAUUUUGACAGAGACAAUAAAUAUGAUAAUUUUGACAGCGACUAUGAAUAUGAUUCAGAUUCAGUUGAUAUCUGGUUCUGAAUAUUAGAAAAAAACUUUCAUACUGCUGAUUUUUCUGUUCAAAGUUUUUAUGCAAGUGUCAUGCUAAGGCAACAUGAUUUAAUUAUUCUAAAUAAAACUUGUUCAAAUGUUA